AUGGACGCCCUCGAUUCAACCCCAAAUCUACCUCCCAUCCAUCCCUAUGAUCCAUCAUCGCAGAACCAAGCGCCAUCAGAGUAUCACAACCCGUCGCAACCCCAAUCGGAAACCGGACAAAACGGUAACGGGACCAGCGACGGAAAAACAACGGACAACGGCCAGGACACUUACGAUAACAACGGUUUACAUCCUCAGAUUUCGAAACCAUUGUUUUCCGAAGGAUUGACCCGGAGCGGCACCGACAGGGACCAAUCCGGAGGCGAGGAGGAGACUUCAAGCAAGCGGCGCCGUCGGAGCCGGUGGGACCCGCAGCCGGAAUCGAAUGACCAGAGCGGCGGGGAAUUGGGGUCCGGGCCGAAGAAGAGGAAGUCUCGUUGGGCGGAUGACGAGCCCAAGCCGGUGAUUCAGCUUCCUGAUUUUAUGGGCGGUAUUGAAUUUGAUCCAGAGAUCCAGGCUUUGAACAGUAGGCUUCUGGAGAUUAGUCGAAUGUUACAGUCAGGUCUGCCCUUAGAUGAUCGCCCCGAAGGUGCUCGAUCUCCUUCUCCGGAACCGAUUUAUGAUAACAUGGGUAUUAGGAUUAACACUAGGGAAUAUCGUGCGCGUGAGAGAUUGCAAAAAGAGAGGCAGGAAAUUAUAUCUCAGAUCAUUAAGAAGAACCCUGCGUUUAAGCCACCUGCGGAUUAUAGGCCGCCCAAGCUUCAGAAGAAGCUAUAUAUACCGAUGAAGGAAUACCCCGGUUACAAUUUUAUUGGGCUUAUUAUUGGUCCCAGAGGUAACACCCAGAAGCGGAUGGAGAAAGAAACUGGUGCUAAAAUUGUGAUUCGAGGUAAAGGAUCUGUGAAAGAGGGCAGGCUACAGCAGAAGAGGGAUCUGAAGCCUGACCCUUCGGAGAAUGAGGAUUUGCAUGUGUUGGUAGAGGCUGAGACGCCGGAGUCGCUUGAGGCUGCUGCAGGUAUGGUGGAGAAGCUCUUGCAGCCUGUGGAUGAGGUGUUGAAUGAACACAAGAGACAACAACUUAGGGAACUUGCUGCAUUGAAUGGGACGAUCAGGGAUGAGGAGUAUUGCAGGUUGUGUGGUGAACCUGGUCAUCGCCAAUAUGCGUGUCCUACUAGGACGUCGACGUUUAAGAGUGAAGUUGUCUGUAAACAUUGUGGGGAUGGUGGUCAUCCAAGCAUAGACUGUCCGGUGAAGGGUGCUACUGGGAAGAAGAUGGAUGAUGAGUAUCAGAAUUUCCUAGCAGAGUUGGGUGGUUCGGUUCCUGAAUCUGCAACAAAGCAAACCAGUACCUUGGCGAUUGGUGCAGGCACUUCUGGAAGCAAUCCUCCUUGGGCUAACAAUUCCGCUACGGCUGGUGGUUUGCCUCAGGCUGGCUUAGGUGCUGCUGCAGUUAAAAAAGAAAUCGAUGAUACAAAUUUGUACAUAGGAUAUUUGCCGCCCAGUCUUGAUGAUGAUGGCCUAAUCCAGUUAUUUCAACAAUUUGGAGAGAUUGUUAUGGCAAAAGUGAUCAAGGAUCGAAUGUCGGGUUUAAGUAAAGGAUACGGUUUUGUGAAGUAUACUGAUAUCACAAUGGCAAACAAUGCAAUAUUGGCCAUGAACGGUUAUCGCCUUGAGGGUCGAACAAUUGCAGUGAGAGUUGCUGGUAAGCCUCCUCAGCCUGUUGUACCUCCUGGCCCACCAACAUCUGCUGUGCCCACAUAUCCUGUUCCAAGCCAACCACUCGGUGCUUAUCCAUCCCAACAGUAUGCUGCCGGUGGCCCCCUUGGGACUGCUCCUCCUGGGAGUUACGGUGGUACCCCAGUGCCAUGGGGACCCCCUGUUCCUCCUCCAUAUGCUCCUUUUGCUCCUCCUCCACCUGGGUCAACUAUGUAUCCAUCUAUGCCAGGUCAACCUAUGCCUCCUUAUGGCGUUCAAUAUCCUCCUCCUGUGCAGGCUGGCCCUCCCGGUGCCCCGUCCCAGCCUGCAACUUCUAGUGAAGUGCAGCAGAGUUACCCACCCGGAGUGCAGUCUGACAAUAGUACCUCAACUCAAUCUGUAGCAGUCAAUGUAUAUGGUAACUCGGUACCUUCAAUGCCACCUGCAGCGCAACCUACAUAUCCUGCAUCUUAUGGAUAUCCACCUUACUAUAAUGCAGUUCCUCCUCCCCCUCCCCCUCCUGGCCCCAUUCCUGUUUCAACUUCAGACCAAUCCCACAACAUUGCAAAUGUGCCUUGGGCCAAUAACUCCCUUGUUCCACCACCUGCUUCAUCCGCAGACAAGACUACAUAUGGUACAGAUCAGUCCCAUGGCAUUGGAAACGUGCCUAGGUCCACAAAUCCGCCAGUGCCUCCUCCACCUUCAUCAGCUGAGAAGACUUCAUAUGCCGCUGACUCAGAGUAUGAGAAGUUCAUGGCAGAGAUGAAAUGA